AUGUACUCUCGCCUAGAGGACCAGGAACCCAAAGGCCUGGGGGCACUGUGCUAUGUGAUCUUCCUCGGCACGUUCGAGUGGGGCAUGGUCAUCCCCACGCUGUGGCCCUUGCUGCAGAAGAUGGGUUCGCCUGAGAUGUAUUUUGGGCUUGUGAUUGGCACUUUCUCGCUGACUCGAGUGAUUUGCCAGCCGAUUAUCGGAGCUUUGGGAGAUCGCUGGGACUUCCAGGUCGCCUGCGAGUCCAGUCCAGUGGUGAUGGAAACGAUGACGGCAGGAGAAGCGGCACUUGUGCUUUUCGGAACUGUGCAGUGUGCUGUUGUGCAGCUGCUUGCUUUGUUCAGCAUUGGGAGGCGAGCCUUGCCUUCGGCAGCCUACGACAAGAUCUCUGCGAAUUUUGCAGAAAGCCGGCGCUUCCCCUGGCCCUUCGUUGUGAAAUGGCUAGGGGCCAGUCGCAGGGACACACUACUGGUGGCUGGUUGUGGAGACGGCAGGCAUGUUCAGACAGCCCUGGAUUUGGGCUUUCGCCGCAUCUUCGCCCUGGACUUGUCCGAGGGCAUGCUCCAGGCAGCUCAGCGGCGGCUCGGAGACAGCGGAGAAAGCCUGGUUUUCUUGCAUGGCGACACCAGGAGUGUGCCCUUGCCAGAUGAAUCCGUCCAGGAUGUCCUUUCCUGCAUCUCGGCCGCCGUGCACUCUGUGCCAUUGCGAUUUGCCUUGUUGCGGCACGCGCACGCGUGGUCGGCCGCCGCGGCCUCUCGCCUUUUUGGCGUUCUAAGGCGAGGGCCGUUUGAGAAACGACCAAAAUGCCGAGAGAGCGAGAGGGAGGCUGAGAGGCAAGCCCGUAGAGGCGAGGACUUCACUGUUGUCGGCACUCGUUUCGUCUUCUUGAGACCGACCAGUGUUCGGGGGACAGCAUCGAGGCUCAUACUUACUGGGUUGCUUGGCGGUGUGCAGAUGGAAGUGAUGUCCAACGAUGGUGAGGCGGCAAAGUUGGAGUGA